AGCAGGGCAGGGUUGGGACUUGGGGAGGGAGGGAAAUGAGGGCUUUUAAAAAGGCUCCCCAGCUCCUAGCUCACUGCCUGCCUGCCCCUGGACACCUCUGUCACCAUGUGGUUCCUGGUUCUGUGCCUCGCCCUGUCCCUGGGGGGAACUGGUGCCGUGCCCCCCAUCCAGUCCCGGAUUGUGGGAGGCCAGGAGUGUAAGAAGCAUUCCCAACCCUGGCAGGUGGCUCUGUACCAUUUCACCAAACAUCAGUGCGGGGGCAUCCUGGUGCACCCACAGUGGGUGCUGACAGCUGCCCACUGCAUCAACGACCAUUACCAGCUCUGGCUGGGUCGCCACAACUUGUUUGAAAAUGAAGACACAGCCCAGUUCCUCCAAGUCAGUAAGAGCUUCCCACACCCCAAAUUCAACAUGAGCCUUCUGAAGAACCACACCGUCACCAAAGAUGAUGACUACAGCAAUGACAUCAUGCUGCUCCGCUUGAAGGACCCCGCCCAGAUCACAGAGGCUGUGAAGAUCCUGCCCCUCCCCCUGCCUGAGCAGAAACCUGAAAAGGGGAGCACCUGUUUGGCGUCUGGCUGGGGCAGCACCGAACCAGAAAACUUUGUAUUCCCAGAUGAUCUCCAAUGUGUGGACCUCAAAAUCCUGCCUAAUGAUGACUGUGCCAAAGCCCACAUUGCGAAGGUGACAGAUAACAUGCUAUGUGCCGGGCACAUGGAAGGUGGCAAAGAUACCUGCCAGGGUGACUCAGGGGGCCCAUUAAUCUGCAAUGGCGUGUUCCAAGGUAUCACGUCAUGGGGAUUAGUCCCAUGUGGCAGCCCAAAAAAACCCGGGAUCUUCACCAAAGUGCUGAAUUAUCUUGACUGGAUUAAGGAAAUCAUGGCGGACAACCCCUGAAUGCCCAGCCAGUCCCCCAGCCCUAGUAAAAUCGAAUGUGCAUCAAA